AUGUACAACAGCAGGGCAGCCUUGCUGGACCUUUUAAAUCUUGUGUCUGCCAUAGAGCUGCGCAUAAUGAGCAAAAAUAUCAAUUUUUCUGACCCAGUCGAAACCACAAAUCUGGAAAGAUGCUUUGAAACUGUAGAUGAGAUCCUGACUAAUUGCGAUACAACUGAAGCUGUUUCACGGAUAAAAGAACGCAUAAAUGUAGCAAGAGAAACUGUACAAAUACUUAAAUCGACGCGGACAUUCAAAGAUACCGAUACUGUAUACGCCGAUUUGUACAUGCUCAAGGACAAAAAGACGGUCUCGGAAUCCUCAUAUGGCAGACAUCUCGGAAUAACUGACGAUGAGUUUGAUAAAAUGAUUGAAGAAUGGGCGGAAGAUAAGCAGAACACACUCUACACUCAAAAGAAGAGACAAACGUAUGACAACGCACAAGAUCAAAUCAAGGGAGAAUUGGCCAAACUUGCUGAUGCCAUGAAAUCUAAGGCACUAUGGUACCGGGAUGUCUUGGUAAAGGACAACAAGGCCCUUUCAAAAUACACUGGAGAACAAGAGAAACAGCUCGACACUGUUACACAUGUAACUAGGGAUGUCACCAAAUUUUCAAGAGCUUCAAGUUUGUCCAUAAGGCAAAUGAUCAUGAUGGUAAUUUCAAUGUUUGCGCUCACAGUCCUGAUGCUCAUUAUCUUUAUCAUCACCUAG